CCGGGCGGCGGCGGCGGCGGCGCUGCCCCGAUGGCGGCGGCGGGGGCCGCGCUGCUCUCGCACUCGGCGUUCUGGGACCCCACGGUCAGCGGCGACUGGGACAGCGAGCGGCCCAGCGCGGCCUGCCUGCUGAGGAUCAAGCGGGAUAUCAUGUCCAUUUACAAGGAGCCGCCGCCGGGAAUGUUCGUGGUGCCCGACCCCCAGGACAUGACCAAGAUCCACGCGCUGAUCACGGGCCCCUUCGACACCCCCUACGAGGGCGGCUUCUUCCUGUUCCUGUUCCGCUGCCCCCCGGACUACCCCAUCCACCCGCCCCGCGUCAAGCUGCUGACCACGGGCAACAACACCGUGCGCUUCAACCCCAACUUCUACCGCAACGGCAAGGUCUGCCUCAGCAUCCUGGGCACGUGGACGGGCCCGGCCUGGAGCCCGGCGCAGAGCAUCUCCUCGGUGCUGAUCUCCAUCCAGUCCCUGAUGACCGAGAACCCCUACCACAACGAGCCCGGCUUCGAGCAGGAGCGGCACCCCGGGGACAGCAAGAACUACAACGAGUGCAUCCGGCACGAGACCAUCCGCGUGGCCGUGUGCGACAUGCUGGAGGGAAAGGGUGUGAUGGAGAAAUCCUUCAUGGAGUACCUGGACUUCUACGAGGGCGUGUGCAAGGAGCGGCUGCACCUGCAGGGCCAGAGCAUGCAGGCAGACCAAAGAUAA